AACAAUAGUUAAUUGAAACCGCGUAACGAUUUAUCGAAGAAGUAAAUAUAAUAAAGUAAACUGAUUGUCAUUCACACUGAUAAUAGUUUGAUCAAUACUUAGGUUGCUAUGGGCCGCUCUAUCUUGAUGUCGAGUUGAAGUUAUAAUUUAAUAUUAAGGCAAUAAUAUUUAAACAAUGGCUACUUGUUACCAAAAACAUCCUUUUGAGAUCGAGAAAGAAGAUCGCCUCACUACUAUAAACACUAAAAUAUUUGAGAUUAAAAAGAAAAUACAAUUGUCGGAAGGACAAAGAAAGUCGUGUUACGAAGAGAACGAACAAGAGAAGCAACAAAAUAAUGACCUUAUAGAAACGUUAAAGAAAGAAAUAAAACUAAGAUUAAAUGAGUUGGCUCAAGCCAAAACGAUUAUUGGUGAAGAAGAGGUUCAAGUCAAGAAAUACUUGAAUGAAAUAUGUCCAACGGGGAACAAAAGCAGUGACCAAAUAAUUCACAACCUGGACUUGAAAGUAAUAGAACAGCGAAAAUUACUAGAUCUAUUGAAAUACGAAAAGCGAAACAAGAAGAACAAACUGCGACAGUUCGAGAAGGACUACGAACAUCUACUUAUAGAAAGCACAAAGAGCGAACUGGUCAAAUCAAAAACUAGCACCAGAGCUAGAAAGCAUAUGUCCCAUUUAGAGAAUGAAAUCCACAAAGUGAUAAUUCAGUGGACCGAAGCGGAAUUGGUUAAAAAAAAAUAUUUCACCAUUAGGCAAGCCCUGAUAGAUGACUCAGUGAAGUUCGAAAGUUCACUCACUCGAAUCGAAGAAGCGCUAAACAAACAAAAGGAAGAAAUUGCAAAGUUGGAAAAAAUUCGGGAAGAUGCCGCCGAGAUGCGCAUACGAGCGACAGCGGCGACUAGUGUGGAGGCUGCGCGUGCGCAGGACGCUGAGCACGAGCGCGAGGCGGAGAGGGCGUACUUCGCGCAGCGGUUCGCCGAGAGGAAAAGGGAGUUAGAGAGAUUGGAGAAGAGGAUUUUUCCACCUCAAGCGCGAGUGGUGCGACAAGAGUCGGUUGGAUCAACAGACGGCGAGGUGGUCACAGAGGAGGCUACAGCGGCCGCACAAAUGGAAGCUGUAUUCCAGAGGCUUAUGAAACUUACCGGUGUCAACGAAGCCGAGGAAGUCUUUGAGAGAUUCCAAGCGCAGCGCGAAACAUGCAAACGCCUAAACUAUCUACAGCAGACCACCGAAGAGGAAAAACUUGAGUUGGAAAGCGCUCAAACAUCACUCUUGACUGAAUUAGAGGCGUUCAAGUUUGCAUCUGUCAAGGAUAAGGAUGAAGGACAAGAACAAAUAGGUGAAUUAAAAGAAGAAAUAAUAAGAGAAGACGAAAAAUACGCAGAAAUAGAGAAACAAAAUGACGAUAUUAAUACGUUAUUAUUGGAGAUAAAACGGUUACUCUAUGAUUUGUGCAAAAUUCUGGAUGUUGUCCCAGAUCCAGUACUACCCGAAUGGACAGCAGAAGCCAGAGACGUACAGGAACUAGUCUCAGUGCUGGCCAUCCGUUAUGAAAAGGCCAAGAUACGAGCAGAGGAAAUUCGUAAUAAACAGGGAGACACGACUAUUAUAGCGGUGCCGUCAAAUCCUGCAAGUCGGCCCUCAUCAGUAGCUGGUGGAAGCGUCCAGAGCCACAGCACACACAAAGAAUCUGAGCGGGUUACAGCAGUACCUACGUACAAGGAACUCGUCCAAAAAGAACCGGUCAAAGGAGGACCAUCUGAUGAAGAAGAAGACAUACCAUCCAGGUGUUACCUGAAGCGACAGGCGCAGCUGAUAGUCGAUACCAAGUGUAGAAGGAAAGGGUUCAGGGCCUUCCCGAGGAAGUGAACAUCACAAAAAAAACAAAUCUCACACAAACAAUGUCCCAAAUAAAAAAUAAAAAAAAUUAU